AUGAUAAACAGUAAAAUCAAGAUAUUCAAUGAUGACUCACUUCUAUUCAGUAGUUAUCAAUACUAUACGGUUCCAUUUUUAUAUACAAUGGCUAUGAUAUUGAUUUCCUACUUUGAAAAUGCUUGGAUAGCUAUUUGGAUUGUUUAUACUCUAAUUCCUUUUUUGGACGAAUUUUUCUCUUUAGAUCUUCGUAAUCCAACCAAGGAUGAAUAGAUGUAAAUAACCCAAUAGAUUAUUAUUAGGAAACUAGAGUCAGAGAUGAAAUUUAAGCUUCCAUUAUAUGUGUGCGUCAUCUUUGAUUGGAUUAGUCUGGUUUGGAUGAUCAAUUUCCUUUUAAACAAUGAGAUCUAGUUAUUCAAUAAACUAGGUAUAAUCUUUUUGUGUGGUAAUUUGGCUGCCUCUAAUAUCAAUAUUGCUCAUGAAUUGUUUCAUAAGGAUAAUUUGCUUGACAAGUUAUUGGGAACUGUUACAUUAGCUAGAAACCUGUACACACACUUUGCAAUAGAACAUCUUCAUGGUCAUCAUAGACAUGUUGCUACUCCUAAAGAUCCAGCAUCCUCAUUGAAAGGAUAAAAAAUAUGGCACUUUUUACCAUAAACCAUAAUCGGUUCAUAUCUAUCAGCUUGGAAUUAUGAAGCUGAUCUUAUGUAAAAGAAAUAUGGAUCAGUUAUUAGAAUCUAAAAUAGAAUGAUAUGGUAAUAAUUAAUUAUAUCAUAGGUAUACAAUUUCUUAUUUUAUUAUUCCAUGUAUUUUUUAUUAUUACUUUGGUUUCUUGGGAUGUGCCUAUUUCUUAGGUACUGUUAUUAAUAGUGUUGUGUAUUUAGAGACCAUUAAUUAUAUCGAACAUUAUGGUUUAAGCAGAAAAGAAAUAGAACCUGGAAAAUAUGAGAAAGUAGAUAUUAGACACAGUUGGAAUGCUCCUCAUAGAUUAUCCAAUUAUCUUCUCUUUAAAUUGUAAAGACAUUCAGAUCAUCAUGAAAAUCCAUACAAAUCAUAUUAAACACUUUGUUCUUAUGAUGAAAGUCCUUAAUUGCCUCAUGGAUAUACUGUUUGUAUAUUAUUGGCAUGGGUUCCAAAAUUAUGGUUUGAAAUUAUGGAUUUGUAAUUAAAGAACUGGGAAUAACAUAAAAAGAAUGUCACCUCUGAAUAAGUACAUUAAAAAAUGCUUAAUUUCAUUUUCAAGAUCGGAAUUGUCACCACAACAUUGGCAACUGCUUCAAUUGCAUUAUGA